AUGUUCAACAACCCCCGCCCCCUCUCCCCGUCCUCUCCUUCCCAUACAUACGACCCGCUGUCGUUCACAGGUUUCUCGAAUGGUCUUCCGGCGGGCUCCAUUGCAAGCGGAAGCGUCACCGGAGCAGCAUCAGGAGGUGGAGAUGAGCUCGAUCCCUGGAGUAGCGCACCCUCGCCUUCAGGUGGGAGCAGACCGGCGUCGACGCUGAACCCCUCUCCUACGCGCUUUGGAUCUGGUAGCGAAGCACUGCAGAAUCUCAUUGUCGACCCUCCGGCCCAGUAUCUAGCUAUCCUAGAUCAGCUUCCCCCUGGUACAACAGUCACCUCCCUAUCGAAAUAUCUAUCCGAUACCCUCCCAGCACCCAUCAUCGCCAAGAUUGUUACCCUGACAAACGACCAGCCCUCAUCCCCUCGGAGCUCUCUCGUCUGCGCCUUAGCACUGUUUGCUUUAGCCCAAGCAUCUCACAUAUCUGACCCCCUAGACCUAUCCAUCGAAAUCCUAUCCUCCGCGCUCUCCCAAGGCGACCUACCACCGCCCAAAGUCUCGCACCCCGGCUCUUUCUCUCCUGCCAAACCCAACAGCCACCAUUCUUCUCUAGGCCCUGACCCUUAUCCAACAUGGGAUACUCCAUCGCAGGACAGGACGGGAUACACUCCACCCUCAAGUCUGUUCCGGCACCCGCCCGUGAUGGCUUCGGAUUCGUCGAUACACAUCGAUGACCCCUACGCCCCGGAUCCUCUUGCUGCUUUAGAAUCGCAGCAUGGUGGCGGUGAGAAUCCCGGACAAGGGUCAGGGGGGUUGAGCUUGAUACAAGUUGAAGACUUGGAGCCGGAGGAUAUGGCGAGGCCGAGGGGGUGGUGGAAAGACCUUGAGAGGGUGACAGUGGAUCUCAUACCAGAGAAGGAGGGAUGGUUCCUCCAGAAAUACAGAUUGUCUUUUACGAAGCGAGGCGAUCAAGCAGUAACUCGGCGGUUCAGCGACUUCUUGUGGCUAGUGGACAUUCUCGGCAAACGAUAUCCGUAUCGUCUCCUUCCGCCUAUCCCUCCGAAACGCCUCAAUCCCGAUGCCGCCUUCUUGGAAGCCCGUCGCUUAUCCCUUCAACGCCUUCUCUCUUCACUCACCUCCCACUCUGUCCUCUCUCAAGACCCCUGCUUGACGACAUUCCUCACUCUGCCUUCUCCUGGCUUUGAAGGUUGGCGUAAGCGAACGUCCGUUGCUCUAGAAGAAGAAGGGCCUUCAUCUCCUUCUCUGGCACUCAGGGUCCCGCGGGAUUUAGAACCCAAGCUUCUCGCAUUGAGGAGCAAUCUCCCACAAUUGUUGUCCAACUUGCACAAGCUCAUCACACUAUACGAACGGGCUCUUACGAGGGCUCAAGCGGAGAAAGGCGAUAGUGAACGUCUAGCCGGCGUUCUCGAAGGCUUAGGGGAAGGCCUGAAGGAGUGUUGCUUCUGGAAUAGUCCCGGAGAAAGUGGAGAUGCGCCCAAGUAUGCAAAUACGGGAGACGUUUGUGAAAUGUGUGGGUCGUUGGGGACGGGAGUAGGAGAUGUCGCGAAGGGAUACGACAAAGUUGUUGGGGUGCAACAAAAGCGCAUUGAGAAUCUACAGAAACAUCUCGAGUCUCUCAGAUCACAAAGAGACCUCCAUCUAGCUCUCCAUGCGCUCUUCUCUAGAUGGGCAAAGACCCAAGCAGCCAAUCCCACCUCUUCACUCCUGACCAAGAUCUCUUCCCUCAACACCAAAUCCUCCUCCCUCCUCUCUUCCCCGCCCCUUCCCUCCGCCCCACCAGCAAAACGAUCCACCUGGGAAUCCCAACUCUCCAAACUCCGAGAUGACAUUUCCCUUGCUCGAGCCGAGGUGGAAGUAUGGAGAGGAAAAGAAGUAUGGAUGAAGGCGUUGGUAUGGGAGGAGGUUGCUAAAGUGUGGCAUGGGAGACAAGGGGUGGAAGGAGGUGUUGGAUGGAGGGCGUUGGGGGCUGGGGAGAGGGGUGUUGGGGAGGGCAUGGAAGGGGUUUGGGAAGGGGUGGUGGGGGCGUUGGAGGGGGUUGUGCUGGAGUAG